AUGACAACAAAAGAAACUGCAACUAUUUGUUCUCCUAUUAAAAAACUCAAUGAUCUAUACGAUAUAUCGUUAUCAUGUUUAACAAAUCGUUUUAAAUGUUCACAACUUAUACCACGUCACACAUCAUCACGACAAAAAAUUUUAUUAUGUCAUGACAUGAAAGGAGGAUAUUUGGAAGAUAAACAUAUACAGGGUUGUCAAACACAUGAACCUUGUUAUCGAUUUUUUCGUUGGCAUCUAAUCGAUAUAUUCGUCUAUUUUUCUCAUGAACUUGUUACUAUACCACCAUUAGUUUGGAUUGAUUGUGCACAUAAAAAUGGUGUUCAAAUACUUGGUACAUUUAUAACUGAAUUUGAUGCAGGAAAAGAAAUAUGUCGUGAAUUAUUAGCAUCAGAUGAUAAUGUUGAUCGUGCAGUUGAUGCUCUUGCAUUACUUAUGGCAUGGUAUAAUUUUGAUGGAUAUCUAUUGAAUAUUGAAAAUCCAAUUGAGCCGGAAUAUGUUCAACGUCUUCUUUCAUUUGUUUCAAAACUUAAAUUAGCUUGUGCAAAAAUUGAUCCAAAUAGUUUAGUUAUUUGGUAUGAUAGUGUAACUAUACAUGGUGAAUUAAAAUGGCAAGAUCAAUUAAAUGAAUUUAAUCAACCAUUUUUUAAUGUAUGUGAUGGAAUAUUUUUAAAUUAUACAUGGAAAUUAGAAAAGCUUUUACAAUCAAAAAUUAAUGCUGGAAAUCGUUGUCGAGAUGUUUUUGUUGGUAUUGAUGUUUUUGGUCGAGGAUGUUUUGGUGGUGGUGGUUUUAAUACAUGUGAAGCAUUGUCUGUAAGUUAUACAAAUGAUUUAAGUGCAGCUAUAUUUGCACCUGGUUGGUUAUUUGAAACACUUGAUAUAAAUGAAUUUCUUGAAAAUGAUAGAAAAUUUUGGAAUUUAUUAGAACCAUAUACAAGCCAACGAAUUCUUCAUAUGAAAUCGUUAACAACAUUUUUUUCUGAUGGUUUUGGUAAAGAAUUCUUCAUUCAUGGUUUAAAUCUAGCACGAAAUUCAUGGUAUAAUAUUAGUUUACAAUCUUAUUUACCUAAUGUUUUGAGUGAAAAUAAAUGGUUAAUUAAUCAUGAUGAUGCUUAUUUUGGUGGAUCAUGUAUUGAAUUUAAAGCUGAUUCUAAAGGCUAUUUUAAACUGUUUAAAUGUUUAAUACCAAUAGAAGCGAUUUGUGAUAUAACAUUAGUUUUUAAAUAUAUUGCUGAUAUUGUACUCGAACUUAAACUUGAUGAUGGAAGACAUAUUCGAUUAGAGAAAAGUGACAAAGAUUUAAUUGUUCGUGAUUGGAAACAAAAAACUUAUCGAAUUGUUGUUAAUGAACGAGUAUCGAUAACUGAUAUAUUGAUUCAUUAUGAUGAAAAUAUACACUCAAUUAUCAAACUUGGUUAUUUAUCGAUUCAUCCUGUUGAAUCUCAUUGUUUAAAAAUUGAAUCAUUACCACCUUUAAUACAAUCGAUUGAACAAACUUCAAAUUCAUCGAUUAUUUUACAUUUUGUUGAUUCUAUUCAAGAACAAUCAUUAUCAAUUAUAUUAGUUUUUGUACGUGAUCAAUUUGAACAAUACUCAUUUCUUGGUGCUACACAUCAAUCAUAUUUUGUUAUUUUUCAAUCAGAAAUAAUCAAUAAUAAACAAGAAUAUUCUAUGUUAAUUAUUCGACAUUAUUCACUUGACAGUUUAGAUUUACUUAAUGAACAAAUUCUUAAAAUACCAAUGGCGUCUAAUUGUUUACAAGGCUUUUGUUCGAAAAUAUCUUAA